AUGAAAAGAAAUCGAUUGGAUGAGGAGCCGGAUGAGCAAGGUUAGUCCGGUUGACAUUAAGACUUUAUUUUCAUUUUUGUAGAAGCCGGAAAUUGUCCGGUCCCUGACAAGCAAACGAGACGAGUCGAUUACUCGGCAGCUUUCAAAAAUCCCAUUCUGAUCUCUGUCAUCACUCAAUAUCUGACAACUCUCGAGGUACCAUACUUUCAUUAUAAUUUUCUUGUACUAAUAGUAUCUUUCAAGGACAUCACUGACUUUGCCAACACGUGCAGCGCUACUCGUAGACACGUCCCAAAAACGAAGCUGCCGUUCAACUUCAAGUUCGUCGUCAAAUGGACCGGUUUUGUUAGUUUCAAUCGACCUUUUCGAACAAAGAACGCAUUGUUUCAGUGGGAGAAGCGGCUGCGGCAUGUUGGCGUCAAUCGCAAUUGGCCGAGGGGAGAUAUUGCUCAAAACUUUAUGAAGUCGGUUGUUGUAUGCAUUGAUCCCAAUUAUUCGACAGCACAACCCGGACAAGUCGGGUAUAGGGUAGACGCACCAUUGAAACUCAGUUAAAAGAAAUUAAAAAUCAAGUUUCAGAACCCUACUAUCGACAAAAUCUUCAUUAAACAAAUGCUCGCGUGCAUUAAUGCCGAGAAACUGAAGAUUGUUUCAGUAGGCUUCAAUGUUCAUCACUGCAAUAGUUAUUGUAAGUCAACUCUAUCUCUCUCGCAAUCCUCCUUCUAUUACAGUUACCGUUGAUAAACAAAAAAUAGCAUACAAAAAACUGAAACAUGUACAUCUAGAAGACGUUCAUGUUAGUUUUGAAUCCCUUCCUAGCGGCGAAGGAAGCUACCGUACUUUCAAUGAAAAUACUCCAAGAUGUUGGGCUUUAUCUGUAAGCUUGAAGUACCAUACUGAUGACAAUGAAUGGAAAUUUUAGGAACAAGUCAUUCCAACCGGACUGCUUCAUGUUAUACUUCAGAGCAAAACUAUUGAAACAAUCAAACUGAUCUCUGUGAUAAUGAACAACAAUGCUAUUUCAUGCAGUUAGUUUUACAUUUACUCACUUUUAUCUUGAAAAAAAUGUUUUCAGUGCAAGAAAUUCUCGAUAGAAACUAUGAAAUAACUCUUUCCAAGGACAAGUUCCUGAAGAACGUCGUUGCGAUUCAUCUUGAAGACGUCGUGCUCAGCUCACCAAAUCAUAACGCAUUCGAUAAUUUCAUGGUAAACAACUUGCUAGGGAAAGAUCCAUAGAAAAAUGACUUUUAGGACAAGGCUUACGUGAGUCGUAAGAUCUUAACGAUAAUACUCCAAACGUGUUCUUCAGUUUUGCUCCCACCUCUGAAACUUGUGAAAAAAUUUACACUUUAUUGCCAAAGUAAGCCUAAGAUCAUGUGGUCGUCAGCAAAAUUAAGGAACACUUUUGAAAUCCUAAUGGUGAUUGUAUCUUACACCUCAUGAAGGUCUUGUCUCAAAAGACCAGUUUGACUCUAGAUGACCACCCAGUUAGUAUGCAAGUAACUACACAGAGUUGUUUUCAGUGUGAUCUAAUCAGCACCACGGAUGUUGUGCCCGUUCUCUCUUUGCAACUACAUAAGCAUGCAUAUGGUGCAUCUUUGAUCAAAAGACUCGGAACUCUCAAUAAACAUUAUACCAAAAUCAAUCUUCUCAUCAGUCUCGACGCACUGUGAGUAUAUAAUUUGUAUGUAAACUAAAUUUGAUUUUUUUUUAGAAAUCCGGAGACUCUUGAAUCUAUCGACAGACUUCAGAGGAAGACACAUAGUCUGAAGCUGCAGUUUUAUGAGCCGAAUAUUCUGGAAAUUGUAGAUUUUGGGACAAUCGAGGAUAUGUUUAAUUUGUGGAGUAAUUGGAGAAACGUAAGUUUGAAUUAGUUAAAAAACAUGAAAAUUUAGUCAAAUUUCAGGUGGAUGAGGUGGUAGUCGGAAAAGAACUUUACAGUUAUUGUCCUCUCAGAACAGUAUACUGUCAACCGAUCGUUACAAGUGAGUAUUUUGCUCAUGAAUUCUGAUCACGUUCCCAUUCAGAUUUGCCCAAACUUCCAAACCUCAAAAUUCUUGGAGUGGCAGAUCAGAACUUUUUCACCCUUUUUAUUUCUCUCUCAACUAUUUUAGAUUACCUGACAAUCACCCAUCUUACACUCUCGUGAGUCUCACUAAUCGUUUUUCUAUUUUUAAGUCGGUGCUUUUUUAGGUGUACUGACCAUUUCCGAACUCGCGAGUUUGUUCAGUUUUCUAAUCCGAUGUUUAUGCAAAUGAUGGUUCAUCUGCCGAAAACGCUUACGCACUUUUCAGCCUGUGCCUUGCCGUUAACAGCAGAAGUGAUUGACGUUCUGGCGGAGGUAUAGUUUUUCUGUUUUUGACACAAUAAAUAACAACUUAUUACAGUGGAACCAUCAGAUAAGGCACAUAAAUGUAGUGCAAAGUUUCUCGAUUAGAUGUGACAUGGUCCUGGUGAGUUGGAAAAUUCUAGAAAAACGUUGCCAAAAGUGAGAAAAGGAUUUCUGGAGGUAUGGGGAAUUGAACCCCAGCCCUCUCCCAUGCUAAGGGAGCGCUCUACCACUGAGCUAUACCCCCGCACGCUCAAGCUUCUCUCAUUACAAAUGAUAUUGCGGGCGGCCGCAGGUUUCAAUCAAAGCGCUUUGUGAUAAUGAUGACGACACAGAGAAAACGGGACUUUUUGCAGAUGAGAUCAUGUUUCGAAAAGGCGAACAACGAUGCCGAGAUUACGUUCCAAGCGUUUGACUUUGCAAAGUCCAAGUUUAGAACAACGCCUGUUACACAUUGGCUGAACAUUGACAGAAGCAAUCCGACCGAAUGUCCCGUUGUGUUUUAG